ACCGACAAUGAGCGGUCGCAAAAUUGCGGCGGCCACUGUUCAAAAUCGCACCCAGACGCCAUUCUGGAACUGGCUUAAGCAAAAGCUGUUGGCUUCCGACCGACUCCCCAUCACCCCGCCACCAGGAAUCGCCGGCCCGGACGGAAAAGCAGUCUACCAGAACCCUCUCCGCUUCCCAAACACCCAAUCCGCUCGUCCUUGCUCCGCAGAGCUCCCGGCUCUUCCAGGAGGUGUUCAUCACAAGCUCGCUGAUAAUUAUUACUUGACAAGAGACGGCCGCCGAAACGUCGAUGCUCCGAAAGUGCUCUACUCGUCUGGCGAGUUUGUUGGAGGAGAAAAAGCACAGCCAGCGCAAGUGAAUCAAGGAGUCGCCACAAACUUCGGAUUGACAGCUCCAACCCCUGGUUUUGGAGCCGAAUGGAGCCGAUCCAAGCAGAAUGAGCUGGCCAGCCAGCAGAAGAACACCGAAUUCGAGUAUUUGCAGCGUUUCGACAAGUUCACGAAGAGCGCCUAAGCGUUUUUUUUUUGUAAAUUAAUUUUAGUGGUUCAGAAUGUGACAGAAAUGAAGCUUUUUUCUCGCGGUU